UGUGUGUAUGUGUGUAUGUACGCGUGUCUCUGUGUGUGUGUCACAGGAUUGAUUUAGUGCUGGAUUGGAGUGUGCAGUGCUGAUGGUGGGACACUUUGUGUUCUUCACUGAGGAUUAUUAUUAAUCUUUCUCAUGAAAAAUAACCAGAUUAAGACCUGCUACACUUUUCAUCUUUCAUUUGCACAAACUCUGGAAAUAACUGGACAGAAACAGAAGACCUGGUGAAUGUUUUGCCUUCCGCACACUAGCUUUGUUGAUUAUUAGCGAAAGCAGCACUUAAAGAUCACCAUGGCAGAAGAAGAACUCAUGUUCACAAUGGAGGAGGUGGACAGUCUGAAAAGACCUUCUGUGAGAAGGACUGUGUCUUCAGGUCAUGACAGCACGGUCGAUGAUGAGGAAGAUGAUUUCUACAUCUGCCCCAUCACCGAUGAUCCCAUCAGUCCGACGAAAGGCAUCUGUGAUUACCUUCAUGACCUCGUCCACCAGAAACAACUCUCUAACUCGUUGCCCAAGAACUCUUUCAGCUACAAGAACAAACACGAAACAUCUCCAGAGGUGCAUUCGGUCAGGUUUGGUUCUUUAACUGAGAAAGGUCGGGCUGCUUGGAAACAUGCUAUUGAGAAAGCAAAGGCUAUGCCAGACCCCUGGGCCGAGUUUCACCUAGAAGACGUUGAAACGGAGCCUUGCAUUCGUUACAGGUACAGUGCCAUUACUGGCGAAUGGGUGCAGGACCAAGUCUUCAUCAAGAUGUCCUCUCAGCCCUUUGGAAAAGGCGCCAUGAGAGAGUGUUUCCGAACAAAAAAGUUGUCGAACUUCUCGCAUAGCAGCAACUGGAAAUCAGCCUCCAACUACGUUGCUAAGCGCUACAUGGAGACGGUGGACAGAGAUGUUUAUUUUGAGGAUGUCAGAUUACAAAUGGAAGCUAAAUUAUGGGGUGAAGAGUAUAAUCGCCACAGGCCUCCAAAGCAGGUUGACAUCAUGCAGAUGUGUGUUGUGGAAAUUACCUCACGCCCGGGGAAACCACUUUUCCACCUGGAGCACUACAUCGAGGGACAAUACAUCAAGUACAACUCGAACUCUGGCUUUGUGAGGGAUGAUAACAUACGUCUCACUCCUCAGGCUUUCAGUCACUUUACGUUCGAACGCUCGGGACACCAGCUGAUAGUCGUGGACAUUCAGGGUGUCGGAGAUCUCUACACAGACCCUCAGAUCCACACAGAGAAGGGCACUGACUUUGGUGAUGGAAAUUUGGGUGUACGAGGCAUGGCCCUGUUCUUCCACUCGCACCUGUGUAACAAGAUUUGUAAGAGUAUGGGCCUCACACCGUUCGACCUGGCUCCUGCAGAAAGCGCUCAGCUGGACUGCACCAACAAGCUGCUGGAGUCAGCGCAAACCGUACUCCGUGGCUCUGAGGAACACUGCGGCUCUCCCAGGGUGCGCACUACCUCGUUUACCCACGGCCCCCCUCUAUUGUCUCGUCUCUCGGAGACUUCCUCUGCUGACGAGAACAUGAGCGAUGCAGACUCCGUUCCUUGUUCACCCCUGAGUCUGGGGGCCUUCGCAGGCCGCUCUCCCUUGGAUGACGCAGACAGAAACAACUGGAAUCGAAAGGACUCCGAGAGCGGCGGAGACAGCGGUUACCCAAGUGAGAAACGCAGCGAAGGAGACCCAGGAGAACACCAUGACAGGGCUCGACCUUUCUACAACAGGCAUUACUCCGAAUCGGAUGAAGACAGCGUCCGUCGGCUAACAGAGGAAAAAUGGAGUUUCUUCCAUUCAUCCCGUGCCCACGUUCACAGACCGUCCUGUGUGGCAGUCGAGGUGGAGAGACUGAAUUCGCAGUUCCUUGAAAGGAAAAUUGGGAAAUCUAUUCUGGGCAAGGUACAUCUGGCCAUGGUCCGAUAUCACGAAGCGGGUCGGUUCUGUGAAAAAGAUGCACCAUGGGACCAGAAUUCUGCUGUGUAUCAUCUGGAGAGGGCAGCAAUGUGUGGCGAGCUGGAGGCUAUCGUAGCACUGGGGCAGUUAUAUCUGCAGCUGCCACAUCAUGUCCUACCUGAGAUGGAACUGCAGGACAACGACGAGAACAGGAAGAAAGGUUUCCACCUGUUACUUCAGGCAGCUGAGGCUGGAGACAGACCCAGUAUGAUUUUAGUCGCCAGAGCGUUUGACACAGGAGUAAACCUCCCACCUAACAGGACACAGGACUGGGAGGAAGCGGUGCAGUGGUACGAGUGUGCGCUCAACAUGACUGAUUAUGAUGAGGGAGGAGAGUUUGAUGGCAUGCAGGAUGAACCGCGCUACCUCCUUCUCGCUCGGGUGGCUGAGAUGUACCAAGAGGGACGUUUCGGCCUCAAUGCAGAUCCUCAGAGAGCCGGCGAUCUCUUCACCGAGGCAGCCGACGCAGCCAUGGAAGCGAUGAAGGGCAGACUGGCGAACCAGUACUACAUGAAAGCUGAAGAAGCGUGGUCAGCUAUGGAAGAGUAAACAAAUGAACCAUUUUAUCUCUCAGGACUGUUAACGGUGUGCAUUUCUUCGUGAAAUAUGUUUACAUUCUCUUCUUCAACGGCAUCUUUCAGUGUGCUGUGCUGUCUGGUUUGAUACGGUGUGUCCUAAAGCAUGCACCAACACAAAUGCCUUUAUAGAUAUUCGGGUUCUCUUAUAAGCUGGUCAGUUGCUCAGAGAUGUGAACGGAAAUGAAAUAAAUUUGCAGGUUUUUACAUUUUUAAGACUACAGGUAAGCAUUGGGACUCUUAGCAAUGGCAGUAACAUCAUCACUUCAAAGAAAAGAAGAACCACGAGAAGACGAAUUAGCACUACGUACACAUACCGUAUACUCUGUAUGUAUCAGAUGUAUCAGGGUUUUUUGGGGGGUUUAUCCGAUUCUUAUGUCAAGAAUCGCAUGCCGGUGUGUUUGAGGGUGCCAGGUAAUAAAAAUAUUUCCCAUAAGUAUAAUUACUUUGUUAAGCACAUGGCUAGAUCGAAAUAUCCCCAAUGUACAAUCCUGUUAUUUAUUUUAUUCAGCAUACACACGUUGGCUGUGUAACAUAAUUGUGAUAAAUAUAUUAUUAGCCCCUGAGAAAUAUCAGACAAAAUAAAUUGCCCCUUUGAAAGCACUAGUGACGCCGGAUGAAUAUAAAGUGAGUGAUGGAACUGUCUUUGCUACGUUGCUGUCUUGUGGUCUGACUUUUUUUUUUGUGUAAUCUUCACUGAUUUAAAAAAAAAUGGUUUGGUUCAUUCUGCUUGUUUUUACCAACCUUUAUGUUGAAAGAAACAAAAUUGUGAAUUUUGUUUACAAGAACAAAAACGUAAUAAAAAUACAAAGUGCGGAUAA